AUGGAAAUUGACAAUUUGUCAGAGAUUUUUGGAGACUUUGAGUUUAAUGAAGAUAAUGAAUUUUUUACGGAUGAUCAAGACGAUAUUGAAGAAAAUGUUGAGAUGUUUUAUGAUGAACAAGAAAUAGUCCGCUAUGGAAAAGAAACAAUAGAAUCCUUGGAUGAAUUAACAGAUCAAUAUUUUCCAAGUGAUGAAAGUUCUAUGCCUGAAUCUUACUUAAUAGAGCAUUAUAAAUCAUUGAACAAUAAACGAUGUGGACUGCUAAACUAUGGUUCAUUUUGGGACAAAGAUUACUUUGAUAAUGAAAAUGAAAUGUUUUUUAAAAAGCCGCGAAAAUCUCAUCGCAAAUUUGCGUCGGAAAAAAUUCAGGAUAAAAAUGAAAUGUUUUGUGCACUUUCAUCAAACAGAUCUUUAAAAUCAAUUGAUAAAUUGACUCAUACUUCUCAAAAGUUUAAACCUAUUAUUUUCGACCUUCCUCAAGAGAGCGUUCAUAAUGGAAAGACCCAGGAAGAUAUAUCUGGAGUUGGUAAAGAUCAUGUGCUACCAAAGUACAAACCUAUUAUUUUCGAUCUUCCUCAAGAAAAUUCUCAAAAUGGAGGAACCACUGAAAAUAACGAUGAUGUGACGUUACGAAUGUCUUUUGAAAAUCAGAACUUGCAAUCACCAAAAAGAAAAAAACAUACUAGCGUGAUGUCGCGCUUGACUUUUCUUAAUGGGAGCGACGUUAUGUCACGUGUCUCUUUUAUUGGAACGGGAGAUGUUAUGUCGCGCGUUUCUUAUCUAGGGAAAGAUAAAGAAUCACCUGAUAAUGGCGUAAUGACACGCGUAUCAUUCGUGAAUAAGGAUUCAGAAUCAUUUAACGAAAUAAAUAAAGCGUCACUGCGUCCCAAUCUUCUUAGUAUCGUUUAUCAAAUGUUUAAUUAUUUUUGUGAAUUUAAGAAGGCCGCGAAAAACGAUUCUGUUUUGCAGGCUACUCAAGUUGAUCCAUACAUUGAUGAUUUUUAUAGCGAGGAUGAAAAUUCCGAUGGUGAGGUUGAUCGGCUAUCAAUUACGUUACUCCUCCAAAAACUCACCAUUGGAAACUUUAUCAACUAUUAUCCUUGUGCAAUUUCUCUCAAUCCGACUACCCAAUCUAUUUGUUUUACUAAUUUAAUGGUAAAUACUAGUACUAUUGGUGAUACAUCUCGUCUUGAUAUUCAUAUAAAAGGAUUUGAACAUUAUUCGAGAAAUGAUAAACUCAUAGAGUUGCUAUUGGCGAGCAAAAUUUCAAAGUGGUUAAUACCCGUGAGAACAAUAAUAAAUUAUAAUGAAGUACGCCUUUCUAUUGAUCCAUCAGAAGGUGAAAUUGCUAAAGCGGGUAAAAUUUCAAUGAUUGUAUCUGAUCAAGAAAAUCUUGAUAAACUUAGAGCCAUGGAUGACAUGUUUAGGAAAUUACAAAUAGAAGCCACCGAACCUUUGGACACUACUAUGAUACCGACUUUAAUAAAUUAUGAAAAAGUCCGAUUUCAUUAUGAUCUGUCUUAUGAUACUACACUAAAAAAUUUCAUCCAAAUGUUGCGAGAACGCUUGAAUUCAAAAUUAAUUUCACCUCCAUUUUAUUAUACAUCUGUUAGUAAAGGAACUUUUGUUAUUAAAAACGAGGAAAAUUGGGAAGAAUGUAAGAAAAUGGUUGCAAAAGAGAGGUAUGAGGGUGAAAGUACAAUUGGUAAUGAAACAGUUUUGGAUUUGUAUGUGACAAGCAAAAAAAAUCAUAUGGAGGAUAGCAUUGAAAUUGAAAUGUAA